CCGGGGCAUGUUUCCAUCCAUUGGCUUUUCUUCCAACCACUUUUUAAUGUUCGACACCACCACCACGCCAUUUUUACCAACAACCAACUUCACCCUCACCGAACUUGGAUCUUGUUGUUUUCUUGGGAGUCUCUGUUUCUUCCCUGCUACUCCGCCUACCUAACGUUUAUACUAGGCGACAUUCCCUUCAACAGCGAUAGUGAUUGAAAUAGGGACCUUGUCUCAAGCAUUGACAAUUACCCACGAUCCAAUUCUUUUUCCGGUCUUGAAGUCUGCGCCUUCCCACACAGCAAGCAUCCAUACACCUUUUUUUUUUUUCUCUCUUUCUCUGCAUCGGCAACUCCAUCCGCCGCUGCGCUUCCACUUUUGCCACCUCGAAAGAAAAAAAGCCGAACCUUUUGGGCCCAUCCAGUCUCAAUUAAACCGCAUCUACCGCACGGCGGCUCCGUUCAGAAGCUCCGACGCUUGGACACAUCAGACGGGCAACAUCCAUACAUAAGGCCAGCACGUCUCUUGUUUGGCGGCACAUGUCAGAAAGCACAGCAGCGAUUGCCUCGACCGAUUCCACUUCGACCCUGCACGACUGAGUCGCGACUCCGCUGGAAUUGGCCUUCACAGCCAGCGCAUUGUCCUCAAGUACGAAAUCAAGUUAGCGACGAGGGUGCGGAUACGAAAAAGUGGAAACUCGGUAGCCGGCAACAGCGAAUCUCAACGUUGGAAAUCGUCCUGGUGACGGCACCAUCCGAGCCAGGUAGCAUGGAACAUCAUCAUCAUCAUCGUCACAUGCACUCGCCGUCGUCGCAGCAGCACGAGCACCAGCAGCACCAGCAGUAUCAGCAACCACCGCAACACCACCAGCAUUAUGAAGCACCUCAACAUCAACAACAACACCAACACCACCACCACCAGCAACAGCAACAGCAGCAUCCUGUGCCGGUCCCCAAACAGGAGCAAGCCGACAACACCUCGGCUCCUGUCCUGUCUGCCUUGCCUGCAUACCCGACGCUGCCCCCUAUUUGGGACUCGACGCACUCGCCCGCACUGAGUGCAUCUUCGUCGUCCACAAUGCAGGCUUCAGCGUCUUCCUUAUCCUCACUGCCGCCGCUUGUUCUGCAUCCUCCCUCAAACGGACUACAGCCCAACAAGCCACGAUCACGCUCGCCAUCGUCAAACCGUUUCCAGACCCGUGAGCCGGCACCAUUAUCGCUCUUCGAUGGCAGCCCUACGACCGAACUUCCCCCUAUUCAGCUGGACCGCAAAAGGAGUAGCUCGGAUCAUUCUCUUCCUUCGAUAGCCUCGCUCAAUGUCGGAAGCUCGCUGCCAACUUUGCAGCCAACGCCAACACCACAACCUCCUCCAAAGUUCGUCUGGCCCAACUCCAACCCAUUGUCAGCCUACUAUGCUGAGAGUGACAACGAUGGACGUGGUGCAUCUCCCCAGCACCGUCAUGACCGAAGAUCGACCAGUGUCAGCCUGGAUGAUCCGCAGGUCAUGAUGGCGAUCUCCGCCCUGAACGAAUUGAAAACCGAUUCAGUUUCUUCCCCUCCCAACCGUAAUGCGCCACUGCGUCGUGGGAUGACAGACCAGAACCAAGAACCCGAGCCUCUCUUGUCGCUAAUAACCACAGCCCAUCCCAUCAUCGAAAGCACGGUGCAGCGAUCUUCUCACCUCUAUACAAAGACGAAGAACUUCUCUCCCCGCAUCAGAUCAGGCCUCGAAUACGUCGAGGGCUCGCUAAUACCUGUUGCGGACACGGUGAACAAUGUCGGUCGCAGAACCGGAAUUGAGUCCGGCGUCAGAUGGAUUCUUGGAAAGCGGACCAAAAGUUCCAGUGAUACUCGUGAGAGUGGCCAGAACAAGCGACAUAUGACUUCGAGACCAGUAAACGGUACAGGGGGCGAGGCACGGUUCUCAGAAGCUCCCACUGCUGAUGCAUCCCGCCGGACCUCGGUCAGCACCAUUGAGACGUUGCCCGCCUAUGACGACCAGCGAUCGCCAGCUUACUCUGAGACGGUUGAACAAAAUGGCCAAGCAGUCGAUCCAAAGUCGGCUCUUCAUGCGCAGCUGGGGAACGGACGGGUACAGGUGACCACGUCCAGUCUCAAGGAGACCAUGAAGGAAGAAAGCUUACGUUCGCUCAAGUAUGUGCUUGAGACGUUGAGGGAUGUCACCAACACGCUCCAGCAGGGCACCAACGAGCUGAGCUCAGUACUUGAUCAGUAUGACAGGUCGACAACCACGAGGGAUGGUGAAGACCAUGUCAUGACCAACGGGUCCGCGCCGGAAGAAGAUCGUACGCGGCUGGUGGAGCGUAUGACUGAACUUCGGAAGAGCAUUUACUCCAACAUUAAGGACGUCUCUUCGGUUGUUGCCAAUUACACUGGCGCUGCUUUGCCCGAAAAUGCCGGCAACCUUGUUCGGCAUCAUCUGCUCAGCCUUCCCAUGGUCUGGAGUCAGGCUAGCAAAACCACUACCUCGAGCGAGCAACCAAACACGCAAGACCCGAAUGCACUUGUGCGCAAGGCUGCCAAGGUGGCUCUCUCCUUUAGCAAAGAGGGAUUGCACAUUUUCUCACAGAUCAUGGAGAUCAUUCGUACCGCGACCGAUCACGCGGAAGACUGGAGGAACAAGAAGAUGAACCAAAUGACCCCUGCGAACGGCACAGAGCAGGAGAUUCGACCUUUGAUUGACCAACCUCUUCCCCAGGUUGCUACCAUCAAUGGUGAUAUUCCCAUGAGGUAGAGACUCUUGAAAUUUGUGAGGAAACCGCAGCGAGCACCUAUUGUUUCAAAAAUUUGUUUGUUGUAAAAAAGAAGGAUAGCUUCGGCGGUCAGGGGUUUCGGCGAUUGAAAACUCAUGUUAUGACUAGAGCUUUUUGGUUGGCGUAAAGAGCUGGGCUUGGAUAAUUGGUUGGGAUUUGAGAGAGACUUAUGCCAAGUCUCGGGACAUUAACAGUUAUAUACCACUUUUCUUUUCGUUUGUUUUAUUAGUUGAUCAUAUUUGGGGUGCCGACAAGUUCUGGCGUCUGGGAGUACUUUCCACACCACAUCACCCUUACUGGGACGGCGAUUUUGGUCUAUGUACAUGGUUCAUUUGUCCAAAUUACCACUUCUGCAUGUUUGUCGACGUUUCCAUUUUCGAUCUUGGUCAAUUCAAAAGCAGGCAGCUGAAAUUGAAACUAUCACGGAUCACUUGCUUCUUAUCUUGCUUGUCUCCUUGACGAGGUUUCGUUUUACUUUCAGGGCUCUCGCUCAUUCAUUCCUUUCUCAUAUUUUCGACCAACCCAGGUGGAAUUUAAGAUUAGUGCUAAUGGCAUCCAUCCCUCGU